CCUUGGGGAGCUGCAGCUGCGGCAUCCCUGCCUGGUGAAGAUGAUCGGCUACUGCUGUGAGGUGUGAGGAGGAGCACAGGCUCCUGGUCUACGAGUUCAUGGCCCAUGGCAGCUUGGACGACUACUUCUUCAAGCGUAUUCCUCCUAGCGUUGUCGUUGACUCUAUCCCCAAUUCCCCAUAUGUGCAAAUCAGAUAAUGACAUCGAAAUGAAUUCAUUUCAUGUGAUGCAAAUUUCAGCUUUUUAUCGUCCUUUGCUGCCAUGGUCAACCAGACUAAGCAUUGUCUUAGCUACGGCGAAAGGGCUGGUGUCCCUCCACAGCGCCGAGAAGCCCUUGAUCUGCGGCGAAUUCAAUGCCUCCGACAUCCUACUGGACUCUGUAGGAGACCAUUCUGAAUCUCUCGCUCUUGUUAAAUGUUAACUACGCAACUUGGGAGGACACAACCGGCUAAUAGUUUAUGCUCCUUCUCCAGGAUAACAAUGCCAAGAUCUCGCUCUCGGGCCUGAGGCUCGACACGAGAGCGAGCGACGGCUCGGUCACCACCACGCGCUCGCGCCUAGGAACUCCGCGCGGCAGCGCACCAGAGUACGUCGUGUCCGGCCAUCUCACCACGAAAUGCGACGUGUACAGCUUCGGGGUGGUGUUGUUGGAGAUUCUGAUCACAGGGAUGAAGUGGAUAGACAUGAAAAGACCAGUCAAGGAGGAGCGGGACCUGCUGGAGCACGCGCGGCCGAAUCUCGAAGACCCGGUUAAACUGGCAGGGAUCAUGGAUAAAGCGUUGAAGGGCAUCUACCCAGUGGCAGCUGCACACAAGGCUGCCCUGGUCACAUACAAGUGUCUCCAUGUCAAACCCGAGGACAGGCCAGACAUGUCGGACGUCAUGAAGACGCUGGAUCUGCUUACCGACGCUGCCGUCAAGGAGGAUCAGUUGCCGGUGCCGGCGCCUGUGUCGCCCAACUCCAACCUACACAGGUUCACCUUCGCGGAGCUGACCGCCGCGACUGGAGGGUUCGCCUCAGGAAACAAAAUCGGCAGCGGCAGUUUCGGGACGGUGUACAGGGGAUCCCUCGAGGACGGCAUCCGACCGGGGCUCCGAGCGCAGCCCGUCGCCGUCAAGAGAGCGCGAGCCGACGACUACCACUCCGAGGAACAUCUGAAAGAUUCCAUAUUCCUGGGGGAGCUGCAGCCGCGGCAGCCGAGCCUGGUGAAGAUGAUCGGCUACUGCUACGAGGGGCUGCACAGGCUUCUCGUCUACGAGCUAAUGGGCCAUGGCAGCUUGGCAAACUACCUCUCCAAUGAACAUGAUUCAUGA